UCUAUCUUUUUUAAUAAUGGCUACACUUGCAGACGAACUCGCAGCAGAUCUUGACUUCUCUUCUGACGAAGAAGAACAACAAAGAUCUGACGUCGAUGAAGAACAAGAAGCUUUAGAUAAAUUAAAAAAUGAACAAGAUCAAGAUGAGCACAUGGAAGAAGCCAAAGAAGUAAAAACAGAAGAUAAUCCAAACAGUGUCAGAAAAGUAGCCAAGCUGCUACAUAGCAAACAAACACAAGAUGUAUUGCAGAAAAUCGAUAAAUACAUUGUACAAAAUCGCCAUGCUACUGAUGUAAAGGGCCCAGCUGAAGAAGACGAAGAAUACAAGCUUAUUGUGCAGUCCAAUAGUAUUACAGCUGAUAUAGAUAGUGAGAUACAGAAUGUGCACAAGUUUAUUCGCGAUCAUUAUGCUGCUCGUUUUCCUGAAUUAGAAACACUUGUUCACAAUCCAAUUGAAUAUGCACGCACAGUAAAAGCUAUUGGUACAGAAACAGAGCUCACCAAAGUGGAUCUUCGUCCUAUUUUACCCUCUGCUACCAUCAUGGUCAUCACAGUCACUGCAACUACAACAGCCGGUAAACCAUUAUCAAAUGAAGAAUGGCAUUUAGUAGAAGAAGCAUGCGACAUGACACUUGAAUUAGAUGCAGUCCGAAGAAAGAUCAUGAAUUAUGUCGAGUCUCGCAUGACAGUGAUUGCACCCAAUCUGUCCAAUGUGGUGGGUACCAGUACAGCUGCCAAAUUAUUAACAGCUGCUGGUGGUCUAUCUGCAUUCUGUAAAAUCCCUGCUUGCAAUGUCCAAGUUGUAGGCAAUAACAAAAAGACAAACACAGGUUUCUCAACAGCACAUAUGGAUAGACAUGCUGGUUAUAUUUCUUUUUCAGAACCUGUUUUGGCAGCACCUUCUGAUUUGAAGAAGAAGCUUGUCAAGAUUGUGGCAGCCAAAGCAGCUUUGGCAGCACGUAUUGAUGCUAGUCAUCGGUCCCCUCAUGGUCUAGAUGGACAAAAAAUGAGAGAAGAAAUUGAUUCUAAAAUUGAGAAAUUGCAAGAAGCACCUGCACUUAAAGUAGUGAAAGCCUUGCCUGUACCUGACGAAGGACCCAAGAAGCGAAGAGGUGGUAAGCGUGUCAGAAGACAAAACCAAGCCUAUGCCAUGACAGAAUUGCGUGCUGCUCGUAAUCGAAUGGUGUUUGGUGAAGCAGAAGAAGAAGUGGGCUAUGGUGAUGAAACAGAAGGUUUAGGUAUGACCACUAAGCAAGUAGGCAAAAUUAGAGCCUCUGUUGUUGACCAAAGAACCAAAGUCAAAGCACCUAAACUCAAGAGUUUUAGUAACCGCAUUUCCGGUACUGCCACUUCUGGCUUAGCUUCUUCCUUAGCAUUUACACCUGCACAAAGCAUGGAAUUAGUAGAUCCUACAGCUGCCCUUGAAAACUCUAGAGAGAAGAAAAUGGAAAAGUACUUUGGUGAUGGUGCAUUCUCUUUGUAUCCUAAAAAUUAAUAAAAGCGUGUUUCAUCAAAU